AUGGCACGUGGUAAAUAUAAAAGAAGGGCAACAAAUAGAAAGGUUGUAGUAAAAGAGGAGCCAGCUACAAAUAUUAUAGUUGUAGAAAAAAGAAAGAAGGGCAGACCACCCAAAGAAAAGCCAGAGGCCUGCCAUGUUUGCAGAGUUAGAGCUACUCCAGAGUGGAGAAAUGGAUGGUUAGAUUUGAAGGGUACAUCUACCAAAGUACCCAUGUGCAAUGCAUGUGGGCUCCACAAUGCAAAACAAAGAAAAAUAGGGAUAAUCUCUAGGGAGCAGCAUAGCAUCCAAAAAUUAUUAAAUUAA